UUCCAAGAACAAGGGGUGUGAAGAAAUAAAUGCUCCUAGGCUAAAAAGAAUGGUAGAGAGAGAGAAAGAGGAACGUUCAUGACAGAGGCUGUGAUGGAAUAGUUGGUCACAAAAAUAAUCAAUACGAGAUUAAAUGGUAGUAUAGUUAUUUAUCAGUCAAAAGUACAAUAACUCUAUCAAAAUUUAACUUUGGAGAUAUAACUUAUAACUAAAAUAUUAAAUCACUAAUUUAAAUAUAAAUAAAAUUAAAAAUCAAAAUGUUAAUCUCGGUCAAAUAUGAGGGGAGUUUUGAGUGUUAAUUUACCCUCUGACAAAAGACCAUAUGGUAUCAAACGUGUUCACAAUCACAAUCACUCACCACACUAAACAGUCAAAACCUCUCAUAGUUAUAUUAAUUUAACACCAUUUGAUCCAGAAACAAGCUCAAGAUUAACCUCUUUAAUGGCCAAAACCCUAUUACUUUUCUGGGUAUUAAUCCUUUUUCUCUCCAACCCAGUUCUCUCUCAGCAUGAUCAGUUCGUUUUCAAUGGUUUCAAAAAUGUUGGAAACAACAUAACUCUAGAUGGAGUUGCAGAGAUACAGAGCAACGGUAUUCUCAAGCUCACCAAUGACACCCUCAGAUUGAUUGGUCACGCGUUUUACCCAAAUCCAAUCACGUUCAAGAACUCGAUUGACGGAACACCUUACUCUUUCUCCACAGCUUUCGCUUUCGCCAUAGUUCCAGAGUAUGCCAAGCUCGGCGGCCAUGGCUUAGCCUUCACGAUCUCGCCGCAAAAAGGGUUUCCGGGUGCUCUCCCAAGCCAGUACUUGGGGCUUCUCAAUACCAGCGACGAUGGAAAUUUCACAAAUCACAUUUUCGCAGUCGAAUUCGACACAGUCCAAGACUUCGGAGUCGCAGACAUCAGUGACAAUCAUGUUGGCAUCAACCUCAACAGCAUGACAUCGAAAGCAUCAGCCAAUGCCAGCUACUUCGCGGAGGGCAAUUCGACGAGGCAAAAUCUGAAUCUCAAGAGUGGGAAGACAAUUCAAGCAUGGAUCGACUACGAUGCAGCAACAAAGCUAUUGAAUGUCACGCUUUCACUCUCUUCAACAAAACCCAGUUCAUCAAUCUUGUCAUUUCCAGUAGAUCUCUCUGUGUAUCUCGAGGACUCGAUGUAUGUGGGUUUCUCUUCUUCCACAGGUUUACUUGCGAGCUUUCAUUAUAUCUUCGGAUGGAGCUUCAAGAUCAAUGGACAAGCUCAAUCUCUUGAUCUGUCUUCACUUCCUACGCUUCCCGGUCCGAAAAAGGAUCAGACGGUGUUGAUCUUUAGUGUCUCUGUUUCAGCUGCGAUUUUGAUGAUGUUUGUGAUUGGAAUGGUUUUGUAUCUGAUCAGAAAGAUCAAAAACGCCGAUGUGAUUGAGGCUUGGGAGUUUGAUAUUGGUCCUCAUCGAUUUUCAUAUAAAGAGCUCAAGAAAGCAACAAGGGGUUUCAGAGAUAAAGAGCUUCUAGGGUUUGGAGGGUUUGGGAAAGUUUACAGAGGAACACUGCGGAAUUCAAACAGCCAAGUGGCAGUGAAGCGAAUAUCCCACGAAUCGAAGCAAGGGUUGAGAGAAUUCGUAUCGGAAAUUGCAAGUAUUGGCCGGCUCCGUCACCGGAAUUUGGUUCAGUUGCUUGGAUGGUGUCGCCAGCGAGGGGAUCUGUUACUGGUUUAUGAUUUCAUGCCUAAUGGAAGCUUGGACAAGUACAUUUUCGACGACCCCAAAUCGGUUUUGACUUGGGAACAGAGGUUCAAGAUCAUCAAAGGAGUGGCCUCUGGAUUGCUCUAUUUACACGAAGAUUGGGAACAAACUGUGAUUCAUCGAGACAUCAAAGCUGGUAAUGUGUUGUUGGAUUCGGAGUUAAAUGGAAGAUUGGGUGAUUUUGGACUAGCUAAGUUAUACGAACAUGGUUCUAACCCGGGCACAACCAGAGUGGUGGGCACACUUGGUUAUCUUGCACCGGAGCUCACACGGACGGGGAAGCCCGCGACGAGCUCCGAUGUGUUCGCUUUUGGUGCGUUGUUGCUUGAGGUUGUAUGUGGAAGACGGCCCGUUGAGCCCAAAGCAUUGCCUGAAGAGCUAAUUUUGUUGGAUUGGGUGUGGGAUAGGUGGAAGGAAGGGGCUAUUUUUGAUGUGGUGGAUAAGAGGUUGAGAGGCGAGUAUGAUGAGGUAGAGGUUGUGGUGGUGAUCAAAUUGGGAUUGAUGUGCUCGAACAAUGAGCCUUCCGGGCGGCCGAGUAUGAGGCAGGUGGUGAGGUACUUGGAAGGGGAGGUGGGGUUGCCGGAGGUGGUGGUUCCACCGGAUGCUUAUGAUGGGAAAAAGGGUGGGGGUGGUGGUGGUGGUGUUGAGUUCGAGGAUUUUGUGCAUUCAUAUACAGCUUCGAAGUAUUUUGAGAAGGCGAGCGCGGGCUCGUCGAGUGGUGAUGGAUAUAGGAUGAAUAGCAUUAUGUGACAAUAUUUGCAGAUUUCUUUGGUGCUUUGAGGGCAAGAGUUUAUGAUGAUGAGGUGAGGAAGUGGAUUUCGGGUGUUGGGUUUGAUGGCGUUGGGAAGAAGCUUGUGAACUCAAAGGAGGGACCCCCAACCUUCGAGCAGCUCCUCGAGUAUGGAAACAUGCUUGUCCAAGAGCAGGAGAAUGUGAAGAGAGUCCAAUUGGCUGACAAGUACUUGAGUGAGGCCGCGCUU